AUCUUCUUGUCAACCCGUCGUGGGUGCUUUUUUGAUUUCAGGAGGACUGUGCUGAAGAAGACGAGACGAACGACCAGAUACAUCGACUCGGUUGUUUAAGGAAUUUCAAGCCAGAAGAGCGUGGAGUGAGUGAGCGGGCCCGUGGUGGCAAUGUUGACAUUUUCGGGGACUUGCAGAACGUGAGCCUCAACUCCGAGAGCGCGGCUCAGUCACUGCGAGACUCCAGGUGUGGUGAUAAUGGAUGGGUUUUCGCCCUGUGCCCAGCCACCGGCCUGGGCUCGCAGGUGGCAUGCUGGCAGCUCUCUGCUGGAGCAGCACGCCGGGAAUGAGGCAUUAAAUCUAAUUGAGGUCAGAAGUGGCUUCUCUGGGCAAGUCGUGAAGCACGGGGAGCCCAGGCGGUUGCGUUCAGGGCCGUCCAGGGCCCUGGCCGUGUUGGGGAAAGACGUCUCCUCCCGCUCAUCCACUCGGCAGCUGCACGCGCUGGCCAGGAGAAAUAUGUGGGAGAGCCCCCAGCCUGGACUGGGCCACGUGGUCCUGGCAGCUCACAACAGCCGCCACGCAGUGGGCACGGCAGCCCGGAACGAGCACCGGCAAGCCCCGGUACACGACCAGCAGCCAGGAGAGACAGGCAGGUUGGCGACGGCCGUGCAUUUCCAAGAUUGCAGUGACGCUGCCCGACCGAGCUGCCCUCUGAGCCCGAGCAAGGGAGACGUCGCGCUCGCGACACGACCGCCGGCGUCCGCCAGGGUGCUGUGCGCCAGGAACGUCCACCCCCUGGCGUCUCCCCUCGGCAACCCGCUCACCGUCCUGAGCCUUCGCACGGCGGCCGAGCCACGGCGCGUCGAGCAGGUGUCGGAGGUUUGCCGCAGGCGGGCGCGCGGGCUCGCCAGCUGCCGCCUGCUGUCCCUGCCUGGUCCGUGCCUCUCGCUGCUUCCACACUCGUUCCACGAAUGCUCCUCCGCGCGGCCAUCCCAUCUUUCACGGAGCUGCCCCAACCCUGCCUUCCUUGGUGCUCGGCACGCAGCGUCGCUGGUGGCCACCGCCCGGCCCAUCACCACCUGCGCUGGCAACGUGGGCGCCGGCAGGAGAAGCCACCCAGAAGGACCCCCCAUGCAGAGCUCGCCAGCUGCGCGACACUGCAGGGCCUUGACCCUCACGCCCGGUGACGUCAGUGCGAGAGCCUCGCACGUGAACGGCCGGCCCGGCAGACGCGCCAACCCGAACACCGCGUGGCGUUCCCCGGAUCAGAGGUCUCCCAGCGUGUGGCUACACAUACCUGUUGCCCUGAGAGGAGCGAGGGUGGCAGGGGAAUUGAACGGCAGUGAAGCACACGACGGAGGGCGAUGCGCAAUCGGCGCUGAUUUGAGAGAGGAGCAGGUUUCAGGGGGUCCGCGAGCCCGCUUUAAGCCAUCGGUGCCAAAGCCGCACAAUAGCUUCGACGUGACUGGCCCCACCAUGGCGGGCAACCGAUGUCGCGAGCCACCUGGACGCAGCGGCGGCGACGGUGGCGGCGAUGGCGGCGGUGGCGGCGCCAACGCUGUGGAGAUUUUCCACGGUCAAAUUGCCGCUGCCGAGAGUCCUCCAAGUCGACCGACGGCGCACGCUGGGGCGAGUCGCCACGGGGACUUUGGAUGGAAGGAAGCGAAGAUGGCUGUGGUCGGGGACACGGGUGGGCAGAUUCAGGUGAUCAUCAACAUCCGGAGCAGGGAGUGUGUGCCCACGACGGGAGAGGACCAGCGCGAGUGACGUUUAACCGCCACCGAGCAAUGGUUCAAUUGAGUUGUACCCCUUCUACCUUUCAGCAUAUUAUUGUUUUGAUUUAAAGCUUUCGUGACUGCAGUAAUUCAUAUUCUUAGUUCUUUCGGUAAAGUCACGUUGAAG